AUGCUGAAGUGGUGCCUCCAGUUGUUAGGCCUAGGCCGGAAUCCUGGCAGAAAUCAGUUGACAGGACCUUCCGUGGAUGACAAAUCCAAAAGAAAGGAAGUAGAUGCUGCUUCCAUAUCAUUAGACUUGAGCAUGCAGUCGAAGGAUAUUUUCGUGAGGAUAGUUCAUGCAGGCGGUCGAGAGGAGCUGUACCAGAAUGUAGUUCCUGCAUCUCAGUUGAUGGAAAAGUAUCCUGGUUUGUGCGUCGCCCGCCCAGAAGUGUUCAAAAAUCCGCAUGAGGCCCUUCUACGGCCAGAUGAAAUUCUGUUGAUUGGUAACAAGUAUUAUAUGAUCCCAUGUACAACAGCGCAGAAAAUUAAGAAAAAACACCAAAACAAAUUGCAGGCCAAAGAAGCUGCUGAAGGAAAGGCUGAGGCUCCGGAUGGGAAGAUCACCGUGGAUUCAGGAGGUUCCGACACAGAUGAUUCUGUUUGCUCCGAUAAAGAAUAUUAUGUCUCCAAGGAAAGAUGGUCAAAAUGUUUACAGAGAAAAGGUUUCAGAGGAAAGAAGCCUUUUGUUCCCCCACUUCCGAGGACAAGAUCAUGUAGAGGAAUAAAUUGGGAGCCAAGUCUCACUUCUGUGCAAGAGCUUUCUCCAUGAUUUUCUGUAUGCUGUUAACCUGGCGUUCGGAUUCUGCUGCGUGGUUAUAUUGCUACUGCAAGUAUGUUUUUGGUUCCAUGAAAAUUCUGAGAGAGAUUUAUCAAAAAAUUUAUACAACGUAAUAAGUAAUGUACCGUUUUCCAGCAAUAUAUUCUAUUUUCUAUAUCA